AUGUCUCCUACCACCCCACCCUGGCCUCAGCACCUCAAUCCAUCUUCCACCCUAUCUAGGAUCCCGGGGACACCUCAACAUCGCAAAUACCCUCAAACAAAUCAUUUACAGGGCAUAAAGACAAAAAUGCCGAAGAAUCUCAACGUAGAUGCCAUCAAAUCACGUCUCAAGCAGAGGUUCAAGCUGUUGUAUCAUCCGGACGAUUGGCAGGCUCAUCUCAUAUGCAGAAUACUGCAGGGAUAUGACAGUAUCUUCUGUGCAGGUACUGGCUAUGGCAAGAGUUUGAUUUUCGAAGGUUUGGUGGCUUUGGGAGGGAAAGGGAAGCUGGUGAUGGUGAUAUCCCCACUUAAGGCUCUUGAGCAGGACCAGGUCAAACAAGCAACACAGAAAGGCCUAGAUGCAUUCGCCAUCAAUGAAGACACUUACAAGACUGCAAAACUCUGGGUGCAGGUCUGGACAACAGCUCAGAUGGUCUAUCUCUCUCCUGAGAUGACACUGUCAGACAGUUUCAUGAAGCUAUGGAAGGAUUCCAAGUUUCAGGCAUGUCUGAUCGCAAUUGUGGUAGACAAGGCUCAUUGCGCCUUGCAUGGCUUCACUGGGUCAGAUAUUCCAUUUGUUGCAUAUACUGCGACAUGUCAGACCACUAUGUUUGACAUGAUAUGGUCAUCGUUGGGUUAUGGCCAUCGUCCAUUCUGGAGCAUCGAUGUUGGGACCGAUCGCCACAAUCUUCUUUAUCUCACACACCUUCAGCAAUAUUCUGACAAUCCUGUUCUUGAUAUUCUCAAUAUAUUACUGCCUGAUCUCGGCCCUGACACUCAUCGUGAAGACCUUCCUAAGACAUUGCUGUACCUUGACUCCGAAGCAGGAUGCCAUUCCUUGGUACAGUCCCUACAUAAAUGCCUACCCAAACACCUCUGCACCUGCGUGCAUGCAUUUUCAUCUGACUUGUCAGAGGAGGCAAAACAGCAAUGCUGGGAUAAGUUUACUACUGGGGAUUUCUGA